UUUUAAGAUGGCAACAGCUCAGUGGUAGUUUCCACGAAAGAUUUGCUUCACAUUUCUUCACGCAAAGUCGUCACAAAAAUCUAGAUCAAUUGAACUUUUGAACGUGCUGUGUAAUUAUCUGGAUUGUAACAUAAUCUCUAUCGGGGUAAACAUAUAAACAUCCAAUGUGAGUUUUUUUGGACGAAAAACUUGAGUUGUUGCCUUGACGUUUCUUGGCAUCAAUUGUGCAUUGACGCCAGUUCGGUUGAUUCAGUGAGCAAAAGGAUUGUCAUCUUGUGCUCUUUAUGUUGUCUGGAGAUGGAUUGUUCAUACAUAUUCAGAUGGUGAUGCUUUAGAGAGAACCCUCUCUGGCAAAAGCUGUCCACCCUGAUUCCCACAUCCAUCUGUAUUCUACUCUAUUUUCAAACACAAUGUCGAGACUAUUGAAAAAAGGCCUUCGUGCUUGCCUUGUUUGUGUAAUUAUCACAAUCUUGUGGAAGACGGCCCUUGCCAAUGACUGCAACAUUGGAUUCCUGUCUACGGGAUGGAUAUCACCACCUGGAGAUCUGCACAUUGAAAAGGGUAAACCCUGGGAAAUGUUCUGUGUCCUCAACACAUCACACCCAGAUGGGCAAGGUGGCUCUUGGCGGAACCUUAGCUUCUACAUUGACAAUAAACUGGCACAUGAACCGACAGUGAAAAAAUUUAAUGAGACGGCAAUUCGUCUUUAUGUACCAGUGUCCGAAGUGUCCCCCAAUAGCCCUCCGCACGACUUCUACGGAGUUACUUGCAAGCAGAAUCAUGCGACUGGUAUCUGCGUUCGCCAUGUCUACGUUGGAUAUCCUCCUCAAGACGUGACGGAUUUUAAAUGCACCUCCUACAACUGGGAGCGGCUGGAAUGCGUUUGGCGCGAGCCGCACAACCCAAUCGAAACUACUUACGCCCUAUCGUACAAAGUUUUGUUGCGAUCGAGGCGGAUGACAACACCCUGCCCGCAAUCGCGCCGCUUCUUAUCCAAGACGGUCGACGCCAAUGAUCAACAGGGCUCGUGCGAAUGGAGCGAAGGUUCAACGCCGAGCUACCAAUACACGGCGAAAUCAUUUAAUUUUACCAUGACCAUGUCCAACGAAUUGGCCGCCAACAAGACCCAGUACCUCGGAUUGGUAGACAAUUAUGCUAUCGUGAUCCCCAACCGGAUGGAGAAUUUAAAUCAGACCGAGGCCACGCCAUUAUCGGCAAAAAUUACAUGGAGAGUGCCAUUCAAUCUGCAACUGUUUCCUCCAGGAUUGGAAUUCAGAAUCGCAUACCAUAUUCAAGCCAGCUGGGUGGACAGCACCGUUUUUCAUAAUGUGCCCGAAACCGAAUCGUUGACAUGGACGAAUAAAUCAGUCAAAUACGACCUGGCCAUACAAUUACCGUACGCCAAUACCAAAUACAAUCUAAGCGUAUGGGCACGAUCAAGAGCUGCUGACCCAAACGAUGAACGUUUUUGGUCUCAGGCGGCCAUGCUUAUCGUCAAGACAGCCGCUGACCGUCCCUGUAGCGGUCCCGAAACAUCGUUGGGAAGCUUCGAGGUUAUCAAUAACCGGUUGGAUAUGCGAUCGGCCACGAUUCGUUGGUCACAACUACCGAACGAUUGCGAAAAUGGGCCCGAAACAGGAUACGAAAUUACCAUGCUGGAUAGCCAACAAAAUACCAUCGAAUCAAAAAAUAUCAGCUCUGUUGAGACAACGAAUGCCGUUUUCAACAAUCUCACGAGAGACAAAGCUUACGAAUUUGUUUUGCAAUCGUACAACGAUGUCGGAUAUUCCCCUACGUCGUCUCAUGUCUUUAUUCCCAUGGCCGCCAACAUGCCUACACCGCCGGAGAACGUCAUGCGAAUUGCCUAUAACGAAACGUUUUUCGGCAUCCAGUGGACUGCGUCGGUGCCCAGCAAAAGCCUUAGCAUGGCUGCUUUCGGGCGUGCUCGAACUGACGAUUCACUCAGUUACCCGCGAACACUGAGCAACUACACGGUAUUCUGGUGUAGGAGCGUACGCGAUAGUCCGGUGCAGUGCGAGGGUCAGUUGUACACGCAAGAAGUUUCUGCAACAGACACAUCGCUCAAUGUCACGGUGCCGGACCCUAGAGCCAACUAUCAAUUUGCCGUGGCUGCCAAUCAGGGCAGCUACAGCAGUGGCAUGGUGUGGUCUACUUGCAUCGUCAUUGCCAAUGGCAACGGAAGCCAAGUGAAGCAAGUCGAGGUCGUGGCUGUUACUUCGUCUUCACUAGACGUUUCAUGGCUCCUACCCUGCUCUGUUCAGAACGGCAUCAUCAACGCGUUUAAUCUCUACUACUGCCCCAUUGAAGAUGGCGACAAUUAUGGGGAAGAAGAGCCAGACUGCCAAAGCAAUCCGGAUCCUAUUAAAGUACCUCCAACGGUGAAUCGUUACGUAAUUGGCCAGCUCGAACCUUUCACCGUGUACAAGAUUGUCAUGUCGGUAGAGACGCAGUUCGGUGAAGGACAGAGUAGCGUCCCGAUUAUGAACAGGACCGCUGAAGGCAAACCGAGCGUGCCACUAGAUUUGAACCUGAUUGAGGUGACUAAUCGUUCACUGUCGAUCACAUGGCGUGCGCCUAUGUCUCCCAAUGGCGCAUCGACAUACUACCAAGUUUUCAGAAGUAACGACACCAACGUGUGGGCCACAACAGAAAAAACGACGGCAACUAUGGACGUCGAGAGCUAUAGCGGUUACGUGAUCUCGGUUCAAGCCUGUAACAGCCCCAGCAACAGCCCUAAGCUGUGCUCAGACCUGUCUGAAUCGGUUUCUGUUAAAACGCAAAUUGGAGUGCCCAGCGCGCCUGGACAACCUGCGGUAAAAACAUCGGCGGAUAAUUCUUCGUGUAUCGAAAUCAAGUGGUUGCCACCUACGAGGUUAGCUGGCCCUACUUACAUGUCCGUUAUUAGCAUCACUGGCGGCGAAAACGCGCAUAACUUCUCCACCUAUGGUAGUGCAACUGAACGCCUGGUUGAAACGUCCGCUGUCUGUCAGCCCGGUUUGGAACUGAAGGUCCACGUCAAAACCGUAAAUCAAGCAGAAAAUGGUGAACUGUUGGAAAGCCCGUGGAGCGUUGAAGGAAUUUAUCAAUGCAAACCAGAAGGACUUUCCAUCGCGCAGAUUUUGGGCAUUACCUUCGGUGCGGCUCUCCUCGUCGUCAUGAUCGUCACCAUCAUGUUCAUCGGGCGCCGGGUUCAAGUGCAGAAAACGAAAGCCAGAGAAGCCGAAAUUGUUCUACCGUGGGAGAAAGCCGGCAAUUCCGAGAUUUCAAACUCGGACAACGUCAAACAGGUGGCCGGCCACCAGAAAGAGGUUGCCGGCCUUGGGUUCAAUUCGGUGCCCAACUAUUACGGUCGGUUGGACCACAAAAUAAAUCGCAUCGGUGGUUCCCCGCCCGUCAUCGACAUGAAGAAAAUUCAGACUUCCAAUCCAACGAAUGUGACAAAGGAGGUCGAUUCGAUAGCAGACAGGGAAAGCCGAAGCAGCGGACACAGUUCGGGCCCAGACUCGCUGUCGUGGCACAGAAACAGCCGCAGUGAACUCUCCAGCUCAGAUUCUGGAGCUGAGCUCGAAGCACCGAAUUCUCCGAGCCCGGAUGUUUUUGUUAAUCCACCGUCGGAUCCGUUCGCGAAACCAUUGGCGAUCGCCCGCAGUUCGCAGAAUGUAGCUGACGUUGGCUUACGUGGAGAUAUGGAUGGUGUCCAGUAUUCAGCUAUGCAGCUGAGAGAUGCCCAACGCAACGGCAGUAGUGUACCCGAUUUGAACCAGCAAUUGCCAAAUGCCUAUGUCUGCGUUGGGUUAGCCCCAGUGGCCACACUAGCCCCUGCGCAAAGCGUUGGAUAUGUUACACUAGGUCCCAAUCAAUCACCCGACAGCUCGUCUUCAAGCCCUAAUGCCAGCCCCAAUCUAAGCGUUGGAAGCAACGAAUCGCUGAUUGUGAAAUCUGAACGAGACCUCCGACCUCCGGUUAAAAUAGUUCCACUCAAAAGGAAUAGCGGUGGCGGCAGUAGCGGAGGCUACGUCGAGGCCUGCACUAUUGAACCUGCCAGCGAUUUCCUGGCGUCCACCACGCCGGGAUACGUCGCCUUCAAAAAUCAAGAGUCUGUUGAGGCCGAACGGCCUACCAUUUCCAGCGCGACGAGUCCUCCACAAACGAACGGCUAUGUCACUUUAGGGGCUAGCGUCGCAGCUACUGCUCCCCCUUCAUCUUCGACGCAUUAUGUUCAAAUGGGUACACAAUCCAAUCAUUCAUUGACUUAUGUAUAGCAAAUCUCGUCGUGUAUAGUGGAGGUUGUACAAAAGGUCGUUGAUUGUGAAGUCGGGAAGGUUUAUGCAGUCAAGGUUCCAUUAAAGCCUGCUUCGUUCCACCGGCCAGCGACAACCGUCAUCAGGUCGGGCGUAAGGCUCCCUACGAAAAACCAAACGCCAAUUUGACUUACAGUGAACGGCCAUUCCCAUUCUGGCCAACCUACGACCGAUCAGUCGAAUAUGUCAUUUUGGGAGCUUACAGUGCGGGCACCGCUCCUAUCGCGACCUCGAACCAUUACCUUUCAAACGGGUUCCCGAUGAAACAGUUCAUUGUUGUUUUAAAAAUAAAACUUAAAUUGCUUUUGCGUUUUUACAUUUAUCCCGUUUCGCACGUGACUUUCGCAUAUGUUCCUUGUGAUUAAAUUUUUUUUUUCAAUUUUGUACAUACUGUCAAUUAUAUCUUUUUUCGCCAUUGAAUAUAUGUUUGCGUGCGAUUCUGCUGUCAUAA